AUGCGCUCUAUAGUUUGUGAUAAUAUUGCUCCCAGUCUGAACCUGACCGAAGCGUCGACCAAUGACUAUGUCAACCAUAUCAUCCCACUAGUCAUGAGCAAUGAAACUGUCCAAAACUCCUUCCUUGCUGCUUCCGCAAGCCACAUUCAGGCCAUCCGAGGCACAUAUAGCACUGUCGAGAUUGUGAAAUACAGAUCGGCUGCCGUCAGAGGUCUACAGAAAGUAUCAACCGAAAGGUUUUCUGAUUCUGACUCAGUGUCUGCUUUGGCGACUAUUCUCGGGCUACUUAUCGACGACAUAAUAAGUGGAACGAGAGAAUAUCCGACACUUGUACGACUAGUGGACUCUUGGGCUCGAAUGAGCAUAUCUCAUAAGCAAAAGUCAAGCGAAGUCCUGGUUCAAUUUCUCUUGGAUCAAAUACAGAUGUAUGCUGAGCUCUUAGAGCAUACUAUAUCGCUAAACAUCAAGAGGCGAAUGCUAACGUCUUUUACGAAUAACAGGAUAAAAACGCUUGUGCACCCGCUUUAUCAGUUCAAAGGGUUGUAUAGCCUAGCCCAGAAAACCAAAUCGAUGCAAGACCAGUAUCAUACACAGCAACUCAAUCAACCAAAUCAACCAAACUUUCGCAACAUUUUUUUGAACCUGGAGAGCGCCGUUACUCAAGCUUGUCAUAUCUACAACUCGUUUCCAUCCACAAGUUCAUUCAACGGAACUUCGGUUUUUUCGACGGAACUUGAUGCUUUACUGUGUCGCCUUCAAUCCACAGUUAAUGAUAUUCCGCCGUUCGCUCCCGGUGAGAAUUCUUUGACGUUUGUAUACUCCACUGCUGUUUCACGGAGUACAAGUGUAGACCACAAGACUUUUUUUACUAUGCGGUUAGCGGAGCUACUGCGCCGCACCGGAUAUUCUGAUAUGCAUGGAGAACUGCCUAUCGCAAAAUUUUUUGGAGCUGCCUGGCCUUGA